UUCCAAGAGUUCUCUAGCCUCCUUAAAUUGGUCUGCGAUAUCUUCAAUAGAUUUUCUCACUUCAUCGUCGGAAAGAUCUCGUGAUGUCUGGCAAUUUCUUUUAUGGUUGAGUAGCGGAGCUGGAUCCUUAAGAUUCAUGCUGGCCUUAGUUAAUUCACGCUGCUGCUGCUGUGAGAGCGAGGACGCAUGUAGGCUUUUGGAAGAACUUAGCCCUAGGCCAAGGCCCUGUGGUAAUUUAAGGUUACAAACUCGUGGCUCUCCAUGUGAAUGACAACAAUUCGUGAAUGCGCAAUUGAAAGAAUUCCGCCAGCUACUAAAACAGUUAAAUUGUUUGUUGUAAAAUAAUUUUUUCAAAGACUUAUCUAAAAAAUAAUGAAAAGUAACAGAGAAACGUCUGCUCCCCCUGAGCGCAGCCAUGUUUGAAAAGGACCAGGAUGUAAACAGGAAGUUCCACAGUUCGCAUGCGUUACAAGAGGACAAUCGAAAAUGCCCGGAUAAAGGUAGCUAUCUCUAAGGAUUCUCGGAGAAAUUUUGGUAAAAGAAAAUAUUUUCUACAGUGAAUGUUACUCCAAAUGCCAGCUAAUUCCGUGGAGGACCCAGUCUCUCAGAUAGAGGAGAGUCUGCGUUCCUCACUGAGUACUAGGGAGACCAGCAUCAAGGACAAGCUAGCAGCUUCCUCAGUACAGGUGGUUUUACAUAAGAUAGACUUUAAACCUGCAAGUAAGCCACAUUCCAUGCAACUGGACCUGUUAAAGAACAAGUAUAUUAAGCUGAAUCCAAGUCAGAAAUCAUCUGAAAACACAAAUGGUAGUCACAGUAGCAAUGCCAGCAGCAGUAAAAUGAGUGCCAGGAAUGGUAGUGACGAUAACAACAACAGUGCCCCAGUUCCUAAGGUUGUCCUCUACCCACCUGAGAAAGUCAAACUGGACUGGAACGGAGUCCGCAAGAUAGGGGCGGGACUGCACAACCUGGGAAACACAUGCUUCCUGAACUCAACACUGCAGUGUCUCACAUAUACUCCUCCUCUGGCCAACUUUCUGAUAUCAGGAGAACAUGAACAGACAUGUAAAAUUGUUGGUUUCUGUCUGAUGUGUGAGUUCCAGAGACAUGUGCGGCGCUGUUUUGACAACUCUGGAGGAACAAUACGACCACAGACCAUCAUACAGAAGAUUAAAUUCAUAGCCAAGCACAUGCACUGGGGAAGACAGGAGGAUUCUCACGAAUUCCUCAGAUAUGUGAUAGACGGAAUGCAGAAAUCUUGCCUCAAUGGAUACACAAAACUUGAUAGAUUCAGCAAGGAGACCACUGUUGUAAACCAGAUAUUUGGUUGCAUGCUAAGAAGUCAAGUGCAAUGCCUACGCUGUAAGGAAAAGUCAGACACAUAUGAUCCUGCCAUGGACAUAAGUCUUGAUAUCAAGGGUGUUCCCACAGUCCAGAAAGCAUUGGACCGCUAUAUUCAGCCAGAGACACUGGAGAGUGAUAAUGCAUAUCUGUGUACUAAGUGCAAGCAAAAAGUACCUGCCCAGAAGAGAUUCACAAUCCAUGUCCCCCCCAAUGUACUUACCCUCCAGUUGAAAAGAUUUGAUUACAACCGGUGUUUUGGGGGGAAGAUUACACGACAUAUUCAGUUUGCAGAGAAGAUGAACUUGAGGCCUUACAUGAGUCAGAAACAGGGUGACCCUGUGAUGUAUCAGUUGUAUGCUGUCUUGGUACACUCUGGACUCGCCUGUACCUCAGGUCAUUACUACUGCUAUGUCCGCGGUAGCAACCAGACAUGGUACUGCAUGAAUGAUUCUAUGGUGUCACAAACUAGUCUGAGUCGUGUGAUGAGUUCAGAAGCCUACCUGUUGUUUUAUAUCAGAUGUGACAAGGCUGCUAAAAAGCUGGGAAUGACAAGCAAGGCCCCCAUAGGUCCACAGCUGCCCACUGGUCUACAAGGAAAGUUUAAUCAGGUCAAGGUGAAUGGAAACACAGAUCAUGGCAGUAAAGAGAUGGGUUCUCCAGUUCCCAGAUCACCAGCCACAAUACCAGCCAGCAGUAACAAACAUGGCACCCAGAACAUCACCUCCCCACUGCCAACAAACAGGAAUAAAAUAUCCUUUGGAAUAAAGAUCCCACAGAGGGGAGCACCAGUGCAAGAACAGAGCAAACCCAGGAUUGUGAUGCACAUCAAAAAUGGGAAAUCUUACACAGAAGAGAGAUCAUCCUCCCAUAGCUGUGGCAACUCAAAGUUAGUCCCAUAUGAGGGAGAUUCCUCCGACUCCUCAUCAGAUCAGGACAGCAAGAUGAAGAAGAAAAGAGGAGAGGGGGAACAAGGAGGGUCCAACAAUUCAGGAAAAGAUGUCAGUGUGGAUGAUAAAGGGACCAAGACAAGCUUAGGAGCAGAUUUGCCUGCCACUGUGACUGUCCCUGGCUCUUCUAAGUCUCUGCUCCCUGUGUCUUCUCACAGAGACACCAAGAACUCGGAACGGCCUAACUCCAGUGUGAACACGGCAGCAGAUAUCAAGGUCCCCAAUGGUAGUCCACUGAAGAGGUCCCUCAGUGACAGUGGUCACCUGUCUCUAGUGAUGAGUCCAGCUAGUCACAAGGUCAAGGCCACUACAGCAUGGCAUCUCAAUGACUCCACUGCUGCCAUCUCGCCUUCUUUAGCCUCCGAGUCCAGUAACACCAGUGUCAACUCUACAACAGAGUGGCAUGUCAGCGAAAACAACCACACCUGGCGCCACAGCCAUGACAUACAACCUGGCUGGAUAGUCAAAAUGGAGAUUAAAGAGGAGUCCAGUGAAGGAGUAAAAACUGCUGAUUCAUCCUCUAAAACUUACCCCAAGCAACUUGGAAAAUCAGAGAAGACGUCAAAGGAAAGCAGGAUUGUUGCUUCUCCUGUUUCAGAAAUAUCAAAGAGUGGAGAAACUGCCUCAUCUUUUCUGAACAGCCAUGCACCUGCUGAAGGUCAUAAGGUCAAGGUCACGGGUCACAAGGUCAGAGAGUCGCAUGACAUUGAGGAUGACCACAGGGUUUGUGUGCCGGACACUGAGCCACUGUUGAAUGGUUACAGAAAUAACAAUAACAACUGCAAUGACUCUGACUUCUCCUCAUCCUCUGGAAAGAAACACAAAAAACACAAGAAACACAAAAAGCACAAAAACAAAGAUAAAGACAAGGAAUCCAUGGAGAAGAAACUGGGUCACAAGUCAGAGUCCAAGAAAAAACACAAGAAGAAGAAAAAGAAGAGGAAAGACAGUGGAUCGGAUGAAGAGAGAGACCUUUUGCUGUCCAGUGGUGAUGAACACACAGCCAAAGUCAGAUCUCACGCUGACACUAAUGGUCACAGCUCCAAGAGGAAAAGGCAGUCUAGCAGUGAGAGCUCCGACAGGGACAGAAAGAGGCCGUCCAGCAGUGAGAGCUCCGACAGGGACAGGAAGUUGUCCAGGAAGAUCAAGGAGGACUUUGAGAUCAGAUGGGUGGAGAAGACUAAGGACUCUCUGGGAACAGUCAGCAGAGAGACUCAAGCUCCUGUAUAUAAUUGGGACAAGGAUGUGAAAGACGGCUAUGUCAGACAUACUCAGAGUGACACCUCGGCCACCGCCAAAACCAGUGCAUCCUGGGAUGGCACAAGAAAACCCAGUGUUGCUGAGCAGCUGGAGAAAAGUUCACGGCAUGGCUAUGGGAACACGGUGUCCUCGUGGGAGGGAGGUCGCAGUCAUGUAGAUGAGGAGGAUGAAAAAGAACGCCAGAGAGAGAAGAAACGGCGCUGGUCAGAAGACUAUGAUGAAGACAUUGACAGAGGAAAGGCUAAGAAAGUCCGUCGCCGUCACUCUGAGCAUGAUGCAGUGGGGUAUGGAGACAAUCCAUUCCAGAGACAUCAGGACAUGAAGAACUGGCAUAAAAAUAAUAGCAAAGGCCGAGAGAGAUUUGAGGAUCGCUAUCACCACUCCAACCAUUUUCACCACAGAGGUCAUGACCGUCGUCAUAGCAACCAUCAUUACAGCAGACACCACAAUUACUGAACUGUGCAAUGUUACUUACCAGUGUUCUCAGACAAUGUAUACUCCAUCAGGAACAGGGAUCUCAAUGUCCAGAAAGAGCAGAGGAUAGUGGAUAUUGUGUUAUCAUAAUGAGUGUGGAUAAAGAAAGAGCCGAGGAUAGUGGAUAUUGUGUUAUCAUAAUGAGUGUGGAUAAAGAAAGAGCCGAGGAUAGUGGAUAUUGUGUUAUCAUAAUGAGUGUGGAUAAAGAAAGAGCCAAGGAUAGUGGAUAUUGAAUUAUCAUAAUGAGUGUGGAUAAAGAAAGAGCCAAGGAUAGUGGAUAUUGUGUUAUCAUAAUGAGUGUGGAUAAAGAAAGGAUAUUCUUUGUUUAUAAUAAGUUUUUUAAGUAUAAAAGAGAUCCUUUGUCUUUAAAUAACUUAAAGGAUAAAGGACAUCUUCAUUUUGUAAUAAAAAUGGAUAUUUCAUGACUUGCAGGAUAAUGGAUAGUGUAGGACUGCCAUCCUAAGAAAAAUUAGAUGGUUGGUUCUCGGGUUGGGUAUGCCAGUCAACCAAUUGUAAGCAGUGAGAAAAUGAGAUGGUUGGUUUCCAGGUUGGGUAUGCCAGUCAACCAUUUGUAUCUACUGUAAAAUGAGAUGAUUGGUUCUCAGUUUGAGUAUGCCAACCACAAAUGUAUCCAGUGAGAAAAUGAGAUGAUUUUCAGGUUGAGAAUGCCAGCCAACCAUUUGUAUCCACUGUAAAAUAAUAUGAUGAUUUUCAGGUUGAGCAUGCCAGGCAACCAUGUAUCCACUGUAUGUUAAGCAAACCAUGUAAAAAAUCCAUGACUGUUUUAUAAACUGUAUUAAUCUAUUAUUAUUUAAUUAUAAACCAUAUGAAUAUGUUGCAAUAAUGAUAUAUAUAUA